UUUCAGUCAUCGCAUAAACUCUUAAAGAAGAAGAAAGAUCUGAGAGGUCGAAUGAUCCAAGAGAAGAAGAAGAACCUCUCUUAGAUCGUUUGAUCUGAUCCGAACGAAGAAGACGAAGAAGAAGAAGAAGAAGAAGAAGAAGAAGAUGGGAAUCCUAUUCACGCGGAUGUUCUCUUCCGUGUUUGGUAACAAAGAAGCUCGUAUCCUCGUCCUCGGUCUCGACAAUGCUGGAAAAACCACAAUCCUCUAUCGGCUUCAGAUGGGGGAAGUUGUCUCUACGAUUCCGACUAUUGGAUUUAACGUUGAGACUGUUCAGUACAACAAUAUCAAGUUUCAGGUCUGGGAUUUAGGUGGACAAACAAGCAUAAGGCCAUACUGGCGAUGCUAUUUUCCGAAUACGCAAGCAGUGAUCUAUGUUGUUGACUCGAGUGAUACGGAUAGAAUCGGGGUUGCGAAAGAGGAGUUUCAUGCAAUUUUGGAGGAAGAGGAAUUGAAAGGUGCGGUGGUUCUGAUAUUUGCAAACAAGCAGGAUCUUCCUGGUGCACUCGAUGAUGCGGCUGUUACAGAAGCUCUGGAGUUACAUAAGAUAAAGAGUCGUCAAUGGGCAAUCUUCAAAACUUGUGCUGUGAAAGGCGAGGGACUUUUCGAGGGAUUGGACUGGUUGAGUAAUACAUUGAAGUCGGGCAGUGGCUAAAAGCAUCUUCCAUAUACCAAUUGGUCAUCCCCUCAAAGAGUGUAUCUUCGAAUCAUUUAUACUUAUUGGUUUGUUUAGUAUGGUUUAUCUUAGUUCUUCAUCUUAUGAGUUAAUAUCAAUGACAUGUUCACUUAAUAUUGUCUCCUUUCUUUUUGUUGUUGUUUUGUUUCCUUUUGAAAAAAAAAAAAAUAUACGAUUUUUAAUUGA